GCUGCUCUCUCGCCAUCCACGGCCCCAGCAAACAUGGCGGCGCGCAGGGGACCCACGAGUGUAAAUCACACAGAGGAAGAGGAGCCGCAAAUAAAGCGACGGAAAGACAAGAGGCUGAUCGUGUUACUGGAGGGGGCCAGCCUGGAGACCGUGCGGGUUGGGAAAACAUACGAAUUAUUAAACUGUGACCAACAUAAAAACAUCCUGGUGAAGAAUGGGCGAGACCCUGGCGAGGUGCGGCCGGACAUCACCCAUCAGAGUUUGCUGAUGUUGUUGGACAGCCCUCUGAACCGGGCCGGAUUGUUACAAGUCUAUAUCCACACACAGAGGAACGUUCUCAUUGAGAUCAACCCACAGACCCGCAUCCCCCGAACCUUCCCCCGAUUCUGUGGUCUGAUGGUACAACUGCUGCAUAAGCUGAGCGUCAGAGCUGCCGAUGGACCCCAGAAACUUUUAAAGGUUAUUAAGAAUCCAAUAACGGAUCACCUUCCUGCUGGGUGCUUGAAGGUCGGCACCUCCUUUCAGGGUGAGAGCGUUCCUUGCGUUCGAGAUCUUGUCGCCACCGACCAGCCAAUGAUGAUCGUAAUCGGAGCGUUUGCACAUGGCUCGGUUAAUGUAGAUUUCACGGAGCGCAGCGUGUCCAUCAGUCAGUAUCCUCUGUCCGCAGCCCUGACCUGUGCGAAGAUCUGCACUGCUUUCGAAGAAGUCUGGGGGGUGGUAUGAAGACCCCGGAAACUUCCUGCUGCUUCCUUAUUCCAAACUCCCUGUGUUCUCUGUAUUGUAUUUCACUUAUCGAACCCUUUAUAUGUAAUUACUGUAUAUGUCUUUUAAAUUAAAAAUUAAGAAAA